AUGGAGCCUCGCAGAGCCACGCCGUCCCUGAGGCCUCACCCGCCCGUGGUGGGCAAGGUGACGCACCACAGCAUCGAGCUGUACUGGGACCCGGAGCAGUGGGCGCCACGCCGAGGGCCUCAGGAGCAGUGGUCCCGCUUCUCCAUCGAGGAGGAAGACCCCAAGAUGCACACCUAUGGUGUCAUUUACACGGGAUACGCCACGAAGCACGUCGUGGAAGGCCUGGAGCCCCGGACCCUGUACCGGUUUCGGCUGAAGGUGACCAGCCCCUCCGGCGACUAUGAGUACAGCCCAGCGGUCUCAGUGUCGACGACCAGAGAACCCGUGAGCAGCGAGUACUUCCAUCGGGCGGUCAACAUGAAUGACGAGGAUCUGCUGGUUCGCAUGCUCCAAGGAGGCAACGUGAAGGUGGAUGUCCCCAAUAAGCUGGGCUUCACGGCGCUGAUGGUGGCGGCGCAGAAAGGGUACACCAGGCUCGUGAAACUCCUCAUUUCCAAUGGCACGGACGUGAACCUGAGGAACGGGAGUGGCAAGGACAGCCUGAUGCUGGCCUGCUACGCAGGGCACCUGGAAGUUGUGAAGUGUCUCCGGAGACACGGCGCCUCUUGGAAGGCCAGAGACCUGGGGGGCUGCACGGCUCUGCACUGGGCCGCAGACGGGGGUCACUGCGGCGUGAUCGAGUGGAUGAUCAGGGACGGCUGCGAGGUGGACGCUGUGGACACUGGCUCCGGCUGGACCCCCCUCAUGAGAGUGUCCGCCGUCUCGGGCGACCAGCGGGUGGCCUCCCUGCUCAUCGAAGGUGGGGCGGACGUGAAUGUGAGGGACAAGGACGGGAAGACGCCGCUGAUGGUGGCCGUGCUGAACAAUCACGAGGAGUUGGUCCAGUUACUUCUAGACAAAGGGGCGGACGCGAGCGUGAAGAACGAGUUCGGCAAAGGCGUCCUGGAGAUGGCCAGGGUGUUUGACAGACAGAACGUCAUCUCCUUGCUGGAAGAAAGGAAGAAGCGGCAGAUGCCCAAGAAGCCAGCCGUCCGUUCCGUCCGCUGA